AUGUCAACUUCCGUCAUUUUCAAUUUAGAAUAUUCAUUCGUGAUAGACCCCAAGUAUUCUAAUCCAAACAUUCUCACAUAUUAUGAAACCAAUAACGGAUUAUGGAAAAGAUAUCAAUCAGACACGGGGUCAUACUUGAUUAUAGACAAUUUAAACAUCCUCCAUCAAGUAUCCAAUCAAAUCAACUUGCUCCAACAGAAACUAUCCACAAAAUCUAAUUAUAUCCGUAUAAUAGAUCCAUCUGUCACUAACCAGUUUAUUUCUGUGUGCUGUCAUGGAGAUGAGGAUUUUGUCACUGUAUCCCGCCAGAAGUUGUUAUCAAGCUAUACCAAAAUCAACCAAAAGUCAUUGUAUUUACAUGAACAAGAAUUUUUAUCAAUUAAUGAAAAGUUCACUAGAGAAUUGAAUACGCUAUGUGAUCGCUACCAUGUUGAGGUCAUAAUCAACAAUGAUAUGACUGGUGCGAGUGCUCCAGGGUAUGCCAUACACAUCUUAGGUGAUGAGGAUGAUAUAAUCAAUUGUACUACUUCUUUACGGGUUCUUGUUGACAGGUUGUUGAAUAGUUAUAUGGUUGAUAUGAUACCAGUUAACUCAUCUAUAAUACCAAUUAUUGGUGGUGUGGAUUUAGUUAAUUUCACUCAAAUUACCCAGCAAACACAAGCUAAUAUCUAUAUACCUAAUCUAUUAACCCAAUCCGAUACCACUAAGCAAAGAAUUUACAUUACUGCUAAACAUGCCAGUGAAAUAAUACUUGCAAAACAUAUUAUAAACAAAUUGCUCGAAAGUAAUGUUCAGUUGGUAGCUCAAGAGAUUUCCAUUAGCAAGGCCAAGCUCGACUUGUUGAACUUAUUUAACCAGCAAAGUAUAUUCAAGCUCAUGCUUAAGUAUGGGGUUUUCAUUCAAUUGGCCAGCUUAAGUGAAGAUGACAAUUACACUGUAACUAUUCGAGGCUCACUUGUAGAGUCAAUCAAUGAAUGUAUUAAUGAUAUCAACUCAAUCACUGAACAAUACUACUAUGUUGAAGCUAGUUCGGUUGAAAUGUCGGAAUAUGACCUUGUACAAAUGUCACAAAAUCAAAAAUCCUGUAUUAUUACUGCUAAUGGAAAUGGUAUUGGAGUUUUUGGUACCAACAAAGAGAUUGUGUCUGUUAUGGAGACAAUGUCGUCUUAUACAAAGGUUCAAUUACAAAUUGAAUUAAGCAAUCAACAUAAAGAUUUCAUAAGUGGGAAAAAGAAUGGAAAGCUAAUUAAGAUCCUCAACCAACUAAACCAACUUCCAGUUAUAAAAUUCGGUAACUAUAAUGAAUACAGCUUCCUCAUCGAUGUGGAAAUCUUUGAAGGAACUGAUAUUUCUGUGUUGAUUAAAGCGCUCGAAUUAAUUGAAUUGGAAUUACCUGCUGAGCUCAGGUUUAAUAUCCCUCAAGUUUUCCAUAAAUCAAUCAUAGGAAAUGGUGGUUCAAUAAUUCAAUCUAUAAUGAAGAAAUAUAAUGUAUUUAUCAAGUUUUCAUUUGCCAGUGUCAACACUAACAAUUAUUCACUUACUCGUGGUAGUAAUGUUUUGAUUAAAUGUCCAAGAAAGAAUGCCAAGAAUAUUGAGCUUGUUAAGAUUGAACUUGAUAACCUAGUUAGCCAAUGUUGUAUGAAUAAUCAACCAAACAGAGCAACAAUUUACCAAAGUGUGACAUUUCAAUUAUUGAAACAGCAUUAUCUUUUGUUAAUAAACAAUGGUAAAUUGCAACAGCUUAGUCAAAUCGAAAAUGAACACAACUGUUACGUUGAGUUCCCCAAUUCAUUAAAUCAAUUUCAAAGUAAUGCAAUGACAGUUAGUGUGAGGGGUUCAGAAAGCAAAAUCAGACAUUGUUUUACUCAAUUCAAAUCGCUUUUGCCAAAUAAUUACGAGUUUAAAUUAACAUUGAAUCCAGAAUUAUUCCGAGAGACUUUUGUUAGUAAUAACCAGGAAUUCGAAGAAAAAGUAAUAAUUCCUUUUAAGAUCUUACUUGGAAUUGAACUUUCCGUUAAUAAAUCCUAUGUACUGGAGUUACAGCAUCAUCAUCAAAUAAUAUUAUCCUAUUAUAAUGCUAAUUCCUUGCAAGCUGCAAUCCAUUCACUCACACUGUACUUGACGGAAAAAGGAUUCAUCAUUUCAGAAAAGCAAGAGGUGAAUAUUGAUUUGUUGAUUCAACCAGAGCAUCAUCUGCCUUUGCAAUCAAAUGUGGUGCUUAGGCCAAUUACAAAUUCGUACGUGUUGAAGAUGUCACCUACCAGAGAAAAAAAGCAAAUUUUGCAGCAACAACAACACUAUGCAACCCUGCCGAUUAAAAGUCCGAAGAAAACCUUAAACCUUAACCGGGCAGCCUAUGCGUAG